AUGGGCUCCAACGAACAUAGUGUCUGUGUGGGUUGUACAGCAGUAUGGACCAAGAUGUGUUCGGAAGGGGCAGAUAACUCUCAACCCAAGUUGCUUGGCAUUGACUUAGUCAGGCUUGCUCUUGAACGAGCCAAAACUUCCCGAGAAGCUGUAGAAGUCAUCACAACAUUGUUGGAGAAGUAUGGGCAGGGUGGAGAGUGCUAUGAGAACCAAGACUUUCAAGACUGGAAACACAAUAAUAGUUUCUUGCUUGUGGACCGAAAUGAAGCAUGGGUCUUGGACACUGCAGGACAACACUGGGCUGCUAAAAAGGUCACAGAGGGUGUAUGCAAUCUUUCCAGCCAGCUCAGAGUUGGUAAGAAUCCAGAUCUUAAGACAGAUGAAUUAGAAGACAAAACAGAAAAGCUGGGAUUCUGGAGUACGGAUAAAGGAGACUUGGAUUUUUCUGCUGCUUAUUCAGCUGACUUUCCUGGUUUGAUUGAGAAGAAUAUUCAACCUCCUAUGAAACGUUAUGAGAAAGGCAAAAUUCUUAUGGAGGAAAAUGCAAAUGGCUCUUUCUCACUGGAAAACAUGUUUAAGAUCCUUCGUGAAGAAGAAUGCCUCAAUAUGACGGGACAACUGAUGACAACAAGCAGUCAGGUUUCUGUUCUUCAACCUGAAGACUCGCAUAUCCCAAACACUCACUGGUUCACAGCAACACCAAACACUUAUCUUUCUGUUUUCAAGCCAUUCAUCUUCUGCCCAGGCGCUGAUAUAGGGAGUGGAAUUGGUUUAAAUUGUUCAAGUAAAAGUCAUUCAUUCAUUUAUUCCGUUAACAAAUUUGGCACAUCUGUGAUCACCCCUCUCUCUCUCUCUCUCUCUCUCUCUCUCUCUCUGAUGUUGCCCUUACAGCUUUAG